AUGCUUACCACUUAUGUUCAGAUCGAUCCCGCAAACGAUCCCCGCGACUUUGAACACCACUCCUCUGCCUCCACCUCACCCGAGCAUCACCCGUACGAUUCAGAUCCUGAAGAAGCCGAUAUAGAUGAGCAUGCCCAGCAUGGCUUUGUGUUUCGACGGAGCGUCCGAGACGGUCCGAACCACCCCCAUCAUCAUGAUCCCGCUACUGCGCCGACUUAUGAGCGCUUCUGGGAUAUGCUUAACGGAUUUGGACCUCGGGCACCUGGCGGAAACAGUUCUUUCCCACCUAGCCCAGGAGAACAUGAACUACCCCAAGGACCAAACUUUGGACCGCGCAUUCACCGGACGACUUUCACGUCUGGGCCACUAGGCGGAACGACUUCUGUAACAAUCGUAUCGGGACCUAUCCAUGCAACAAGCCGUGGUCCCGCUGGUGCCCCAGGAGGCGAAACAUUUCAAGAGUAUGCACAACCUCCAUUCCAGCUUGAUGAACGACCUGGCGGCUUGCGAGUCACGGCCAUUUCCAUGAAUCUUGGAGCUAACCAGCGUACCAGUUUCUUUCAGAACAUGCUACGCGACAUUGUACCGCCACCACCCGCUCAUAACCAUGACGGUGAGGAAGGCGCCGGAGGUCCUCCACCCGGUCUGGCUCGCAGCCUGCAAGAUAUCCUGAAUCUUCUUAAUCCAGCAAAUGCAAUGCAUGGUGAUGCAGUGUACUCCCAAGAGGCUCUGGAUCGGAUCAUUACUGGACUCAUGGAAGCCAAUCCCCAGUCUAACGCGGCUCCUCCAGCUACAGAGGAAGCUCUCAAGAACCUGGAACGAAAACCUGUCGACAAACAAAUGUUGGGUUCGGAGGGAAAGGCAGAGUGUACCAUUUGCAUCGAUGAGAUGAAGGAGGGAGAUAUGGCCACAUUUUUACCCUGUAAUCAUUGGUUUCACGAGGAGUGUGUCACCUUGUGGUUAAAGGAGCACAACACUUGCCCCAUCUGCCGAACGCCGAUCGAAAAGACCGAUCGCAGCGGCAACAAUAAUGGCGGCAAUGGGAACAACAAUAAUAGCGGCGACGGCUCCCAAUCCCAAGGUCCAAUGCCAGGUUCUAACUCUGACCAACCGAACCCGUCUGGAACUCGAGCGUCAUUCACGUUUACUCCCAACCAGUGGACACCAUUCGACAACCCUCAUUCUCACACACGCCCGGUGCGGUUCUCGCGACCUCCAAGUCAGAGCCAGAGUCGCCUGAAUGAAGCAUUGCGUACUAUCUCGAACCGGCAACAAGAGAGAGAACGUGAACGCGAGCGUGAACGAGGCGAGACAUCAGGGUUUAGCUACGACACGUCUCGACUUCAGCGACGAAGCUCACACUCUCCAACAAGUCCUAGAGCGACUGCCCCGAGUGAACAUGGCGCUCGUAUGCGACAGAGAAGCCCUUCCCAGAGUAGCCGUCGGUCAGCGGCGGAGUCGGAUCAACAACGCCGGCAGAGCAGCCAUGGCCCCAUUAGCUGGCUCCGCGAUAGAUUUGGUGGAGGAGGGCCUGGUAACGGACCGCCACGAGAGGAAAGGCGACAGUAG